AUGACCACUCCUCCCAUCAAGAAAGCCUGUGAUGCUUGUCAUCGACGCAAAGUCCGAUGCUCAGGAGACCAGCCAUGCCGCACCUGCAGCCAGAGCAAUCUCGAAUGCACCUAUCUCGCCGUCCCGCAAAAGAAAGGCCCCAAAGGCAAUCGAUCCAAAAUCCUGUCAGAGAUUCGCCAUGCUCAAAGGAAGAUGAAGACCCGGGCGAAUCGAGCUUCACCCUCCGCCACUCCCCAGCAGCCGCCAGGCCGUGAGCUGAAGUUUUCUCUCGACUUUCGCAGUUCAGCUCCACCUCCACCGGCUUCGCCUCCGCCUCCGCCUCCGCCUCCGCCUUCGCAUUCUCUCAAGGCUGAGCUCCUCAACAAGGAGACCAUCGAAAACUGUGUCGCCUUCUACUUCUCCAACAUGUCCACGACGACUUCAAUCCUCAAUCGGCGUUACAUAAUGGAUACGAUCCCCUCCCAGAUUGCCACUUGCACAGAAUCGUACUGUCUCGCAGGAUCCUUGUGUGCGUUUGUCAUGGUCCAACCGGGCAUGAACUUGGCUGUUGCCCCGGGGAGUCAUUACGAAGGCGAACCUCCUGAAACCCGCUACGGCUAUGCCAACACGCUUCUCGACGACGUCAUCCGUGUGCGAAAAUCCAUCGACUUCGUCGAGUUUCCGACUUUGAGCGCGGUCCAGACGUCUUUUUUCUUGUUCAGCUGCUAUUUUACCCUUGAAAAACAGAAUAUCUGCUGGUUUUAUCUGCGUGAAGCCGCCACUCUGGCGCAACUGAUGGGCAUGCACGAAGAGCCGUCGUAUCUCGUCGGUGAACCUGUUGAGAAUAUGUAUAAGCGACGAAUGUACUGGCUUCUCUUGGUCACGGAGAGAGCAUAUGCGUUGGAACGACACCGCCCGCUUAGUCUCCAUCCGACCAUCGGGCUUCCAUCGGCCAACGACCCGGAGGAGCAAGAACCCAUAUCUGGCUUCCUCUACCUGAUUAGCCUCUUCCGCUGCAUUGACGAUGAGUUCAUGGCUCUCUGGAACAAAGUGAAGAGCGAGUGCUCCGCCACCUGGCUUUCGCAACUCCAACGACAGCUCACAGACGCGUUGCCGCCAAGGUUGAGGACAACAGAAAGCCAAGUGGCAGACGUUUGGAUCACGUUCCAUUGGUUGCGAAUCAUGAUCUGGCAACUCGCCAUCACAAAUGGCUUUCUUUCAUCCUCGUCCAACGAGUCCUCUAUGACAUUCAAAUACCCGAUAGAAGUCGCCAGGGACUUGAUUGAGCAUAUCUCAGACAUGUCUCUGGACGCGAUGGAGGUCCAUGGCGUAGGGUUAAUCGAGAAAUUGUUCGACAUGGCUUGUACGCUCACGGACGUCAUCUCGUGCGUGCCCCUCGAACCUUCGGAGAUCUCAAAUCCAAGCAACGAGACGCCCUUCGAGUAUCUGAGCAAGCUGCUUACUCUAAUUGCCCAGCUCCGGGGCGGUGCAUCGAGGUACUUGCCAUUGCUACUUGUCAAAGUCUCUGAAACCCUACCGAGUAGUCUCCCUCAUCAUCUCGCUCCCAUGGACUCGGACCCGGACCCGGACACUCCGAUGCAUAUCAUGAGCAUCAAGCAAGGCUACGCGGGUGCGAGCGACCAUAUUCCCACGCCAGAGCCGACGCAAUACUCCUCGAUAGGGAGUUUCAGUUUCGGCCCCAAGGGCUUCGAAUUCAGCAGUGGGUUGCACUAUUCGCCUCAGCAGCAGGAGGGGCACGAGCACGAGCACGAGCACGAGCACGAGCAACAGGGCUCUGGACGUAUAAUGUGUGACAACGCAUACACGCACGGCAUGGCAGCAGGUCGUGACAUGUACUCAGAUGAUUUACCACCCCGACCGUCUCCGGGCACGCCACCUACUAGCCAGUCUCUGCUGGGAAGACAGACACGCUCCUCUACGAAAGGUCUGCCCAGAAGUGCGCCUAUGGGGGUAGACGACAGGCCCAGCUCGAGAGUUAACUUAGAUGACGCGAUCACUAGCGUUGAAAGCAGUCCUAAACGCCCCUCCAGUGCUUUUCAUCGCAGUACGAGUAGUGGUAGUAACGUAGCCUUAGGUUCCCGCAAGGCUCAGGCUCCUCCUCCUCCUCCUCCUCCUCCUCCUCCUCCUCCUCCGCCUCCACGUUCAGGAGGAUCCUCGACGAGUGGCAGCGGCUGGAGUCAACGAAAGUACCAUCGUCCUUGGGAAGAAGGGAGCUGUUGA